CUGGGAGUUGUGGUUCUCUAUCCGGACAUUGUCCGAGGCGGCCAAUGGGAACGUGGCACCGUAAGAACUACAAUUCCCACCAGGCUCGCUCGGUGAGAGGCCUUGGUAGGAACGCGCGCAGAGGAGGGCCUGGGCCACUUCGCCGCUACGGAGGCGGACGGUGAGGCGGCGGCUGGGCGUUGGCUCAAGGCGGCAGGAUACGUGGCAUCGGUCAUUCGGUCAGAGAGAGAAAAAGAGAGCCUCUUCCAGAGACACCCAAAUUGCUGUUUUUUAUUGCAUAAGUGGAAGGAGACAGUGACUGGUGACCUUUGAAUUGUGUCACGGCAGAGUUCAUUUCAAGCCAGGCUUGGGUAAAAGGAGUUGUCAGAGAUGUCCAAGACAAAUAAAUCAAAAUCAGGGUCCCGUUCUUCUCGUUCGAGAUCUGGGUCCCGGUCCCGAUCUCGGUCUUUUUCAAAGUCUCGGUCCAGAUCUCGGUCUGUUUCACGAUCAAGAAAACGGAGGCUCAGUUCUAGGUCCCGUUCGAGAUCAUAUUCUCCAUCGCACAACAGGGAGAGGAACCACCAGCGAGUCUAUCAGAAUCGAGAUUUUCGAGGGCAUAACAGAGGAUACCGGAGACCGUAUUACUUCCGUGGAAGGAAUAGAGGUUUCUACCCAUGGGGCCAGUAUAACCGAGGUGGCUAUGGAAAUUACAGGUCCAACUGGCAAAACUACCGCCAAGCUUAUAGCCCUCGCAGGGGCCGCUCCCGUUCUCGGUCGCCUAAGAGGAGGUCUCCGUCCCCGAGGUCUAGAAGUCAUUCUAGAAAUUCUGACAAGUCGUCCUCCGAUCGGUCAAGGAGGUCUUCUUCAUCUCGAUCCUCCUCUAAUCACAGCAGAGCCGGGUCCUCCAAGCGCCGCUCGCUGAAAGAUAAGAAGUCUUCUUCCAAGGAUGCCCGGGGUUCUCAGGGUGCUGGGGACAGCCAAGGGGAUGAAAGCAAGGAGCCACCCUUCUCAGGGGGAGCUGCCCAGGAUGCUAAAUCCUCAGAGGGGUCAAAACCCUGGCAAGAAGUUGGCAGUUACGGCGUGGGAUCAGCAUCAAGGGCCUCUGCUGUGACAGAGCUGAGUCCGAAAGAGCGCAGCCCAGCGCUGAAGAGCCCCCUCCAGUCGGUGGUGGUCAGGCGCCGUUCUCCCAGGCCCAGUCCACUUCAGAAGCCCAGUCCGACAUCUUCCAACCCGACUCAGCUGGGCUCGGCUCUGCAGGGCGGCAGCUGCUUUCAGGCAGGCUCACAUCCAUUUGAGCAUAACUUGGGAAGUCUGAGCCCCACGAGAAAGAGUCCUGUGUGCAAAAGCCCCACCACCAUCAGUUCCAUUUAUGGAACAUCUCAGAAGGAUGAAAUGGGGGCCCCCUUCUCCAAGAGGUACUUAGAAGAACAAAAGGCUGAGAAUGGGAAAGAUAAAGAGCAGAAACUGACAAAUGUGGAAAAGGAAAAAAUGAAAGAGAAGGGAGGUUUCUCGGAGAUGGGAUUAGGAGAUGGUAAAUUGAAAUUGGAUCCGUAUGCCUCCAAAGUGGAUGCAGAAAAGAUGUACCGUGGAAGUCAGUCACCCAAACGUUAUAAGCUCCGCGAUGAUUUUGAGAAGAAGAUGGCCGAGUUCCACAAGGAGGGUCACUAUGGCAAAGAGGAGAUGGAUGAGCCAGAGAAGAAAGUUAAGGGCAAAGGGAGAAAGGAAUCUAAUUUGGACGAGGAGGAAGAGGAGGAGGAGCCCAAGUUUCUCUCUAAGACGGUAUCUGCUUCCAGUAAAAACCAGGAGGAAGACCGGACUGGCAAAUGGGAAGGCCUUGUGUUUCUGCCUACCGCCAAAGAGAAGCAGAGGAAAGGCGAGGAGAUGGAGGAGGAGUCCUAUGGUGAGCAGUCCAAGAAAGACGAGCGACAGGCUGCCAAGAGAGCAGAGGCUGUGCACAGAGGCUUUGUCCCUGAGAAGAAUUUCCGAGUCACUACUUACAAAGCAGCCCAGGAGAAAAGUGCCACUUCUCCUCCGCCACGAAAGGCCGUGGCAGAAACCAGGGAGAAGCCAGGCGCGAGAGGAGAAGGCCUGGCCGCUGGCAAGUCAUCCUUUUCCAUUACGCGCGAGACCCAGGUCAACCUCCGCAUGGAUUCUUUCGAUGAGGAUCUUGCCCGCCCCAGUGGGAUUUUGGCACAUGAGCGUAAACUGUGUCGCGAUCUGGUGCACAGCAACAAAAAGCAGGAGUUUCGCUCCAUUUUCCAUCACAUCCUGUCAGCCCAGUCCCAGCGAAGCCCCUCGGAGCUCUUUGCUCAGCACAUAGUGACCAUCGUCCAUCACGUGAAAGAGCAUCACUUUGGGCCUUCAGGAAUGACGUUGAAUGAACGUUUUACAAAAUAUCUAAAACGAGCGGAGCAGGAAUCGGCUAAGAACAAAAGCCCUGAAAUCCACAGGAGGAUAGACAUUUCUCCGAGUUCUUUUAGAAAACACGGAUUCUCUCAAGAGGAGAUCAAAAGUUCCAAAGAACCCAGCUACAAGGCUGAAAGCAAAUAUAAAGAUGACCCGGUUGACCUCCGCCUUGACAUUGAACGGCGUAAAAAACAUAAGGAGAAGGAUAGGCGAGGCAAGUCAAGGGAAUCGGUGGACUCCAGGCCCUCGAGCCAUUCACGGGAGAGAUCGACAGAGAAAGCAGAAAGGUCUCACAAAGCGUCCAAAAAGAAGAAGCACCGACGUGUCCGGGAGCGCUCUCGGUCAAGCUCUUCCUCCUCCCAGUCCUCACGCUCCUACAAAGCAGAAGAGUACCCUGAGGAGACAGAAGAGCGAGAGGAGCCGGCUCCCCCUGGUUUUGACAAGUCCCGCCUUGGCACCAAGGAGUUUGCUGGCCCCAGCGAAAGAGGCAGAGCUCGGGGGACUUUCCAGCAGUUCCGGGCAAGAGGCCGUGGCUGGGGAAGAGGCAACUUUUCAGGCAACAGCAACAACAACAACAGCAGUGGUGCUGGUGGUAGUGGCGUUGGCGGAGUCAGUACUGAUUUCCAGAAGCGAGCCCGAGAGGAAGAGUGGGACCCUGAGUAUACACCUAAGAGCAAAAAGUACUACUUGCAUGAUGACCGUGAGGGCGAAGGCGGAGAGAAAUGGGCAAACCGGGGCCGGGGCCGGGGCAUCUUUCCUCGAGGCCGGGGCCGUUUCCUGUACCGGAAAUCAAGCACCAGCCCCAAAUGGGCCCAUGACAAGUUUAGUGGCGAAGAAGGAGAGAUUGAGGAUGAUGAGAGCGGAGCCGAAAACAGAGAGGAGAAAGAAGCCCUUCAGUCGGUGGCAGAGUAGCCCCGUCGCAAGGAGGAGGAAGGCCCAAGACCCUGGAGUAGGAAGAAGAUGUUUCUGUCAAUCUGGACUAAUUGAUCCUUAUUGACUAGUUGAAUGUUUUGUUUUUCUGAUUUUUCCCCUCCCAGUGACCCCAGAAGACGGUGGAGUGAGUUCUGUCCAAUUACUCUUGGCAAUCAUUUCUUUUCUCUGUUCUUUAUUUCCUUUCCUUUUUUUAAUCUUUAUUUUUAAAGAAGAUAGAAAACAACAAUGACAAUUUUACAGAUAUUACUUGUCAAUACAUAAGUUCGUGUUUCAUUGUUCAUUAUUAAAAAGAAAAAAACUGAGAUUAAAGACUUUACAAAAUUCAUUAAUCUCAUUUGUUUUUUGUCUUCCAUUAUGAAUCUCUGAGCUAUGUACCACUGAAGUUGUAGACUUUUUAAAACUUCUAUAACCUAAUUUAUUUUCUGUAUAGCUCCAGUCUGUUAUUCUCUUUUCUACUAGUUAUGCAGGAAAAGACAGCAACACCAUAACCUGGUUUUUAUUAUAUGGCGCAAACAGCGGAGUAUUUAUGUCCAACUAGGACUUACUUACAUGAUAUAUCUCUAUCUAUUUGCGCCUCUCAAAUUAAUAAAUCCAAUUUUUAUUUCCAUUCUUGCAAAGGUUUCCAUUGUAGCUCUACUUUUUCUGUUGAUUUUCCAUUUAACAUUUGUGUAAGUUUAUCCAUUUCGAUGACCUCUAAUGUUUUUUGAAGCCAUGUAUAUCGAUAUCUGGUGUAGAUUGUUCUUUCCAUUUCCGUGCAUAUGCGAUUCUUGCAGUUGAAAUCAUAUAUAACAUCUGUCUCCGAUUGUUUCUUGGAUUCCUAUCUGAAAUUUUAUUUGUCAUAUUGAUUAGAUAAAUUCCUGGUAACAUCUGGAAUUUUUCUCCUAUUAUCUUACAUAUUGUAUCCUGUAUUCCAUUGCUGUAGGUUCUUGCAUGUGCACAGAUCCAGUGGUAUUUUUGCAUUUCCAGCCAUUUAUUUCUCUGGUCUUGUAUAUGAUGUUAAUUUUUACUGUGAAUGUUCUUUCUUUUUAAAACAAAGAAAAGAAAGUGAUGAUCAAGAUGGGGAGCAGUUUCGUCACUCUUUUGUUCCCCUCUCCCCAUUCCUGUUUGUAGAUGUUUUUUAAAAUAACUUUUUAUUUUAAGCAUUGGCAAAUAAAUACAGUCGCCCCUGAAAAUGGUUACUUUCAGAAACACCUUCCUAGUUCUUAACCUAUACAAGAGCUGUAUUCAGCAUGUGAAUAAACACCUCAAUAGAAACCAUUGGGACCAAACUCUGCUGAUCUUAAUUUAAAGGAACUGAACUCAAAAGUCUUUUUCUUUUAAAAGAAUCACUGUUUGUUUGUCCACUUUCCUUUUGUGCUGGAGUUUUAAAGUUUAGCAUGGCACAGUUGAAGACGCCAGUCUUUCCUCUCCCCUCCAGUCCCAAGGCCCACCCAAACGCAAAGCUGUUCUUGGUUGAUGUUGGCGGCAUUUUGGUUUUGUGUGUACCCUCUUUUUGCUUCCCAACACUUAACUUUCCGGGUCACGUUGUUUUCUAAGUAAACUUCUGAAUAUAUUAUGUUUAAAAUGAAAUGAAGCCCGUAGCAUGAAAAAUGAGGGAUUCCCCCCAGUAUUUUUAUUAACCAUUUUAUAAAGCAAUUUUGACUGACUUCUGUGAUGGCGAUUCUUCUCUUCAGCUUUAUGCCUGUAAUGCUCUAAAGGUGAUGCUCCGGUGGUGAUGCUUCUGUCCCUGAGUCAGCGAUGGGGAACAUAAUGGUUUUGUUAAGGAAUCAGCUCCUGGAAAUAGGGCUUGGUGGAGCUCCUCUCCUCAAUUUUCCCCUUUCCUCCUUCCCUCUCUGUGCUAUAAAUAAGUUUUAUUUUGUGGGACUGAGGCAUUGCUUGCUUAACAGAGCCUGCAAGGUUUUGUUUUUUUGACCCUUCAAAUAAAAUUGCGUUAAAAUGA